AUGCAUAGUGCAGCAGCAGCAGCAGCAGCAGCAGCAGCAGCAGUAGGUACUGCUGCUGCUGUUGGCGAUGAUGAUGGUGAUGGUGAUGCAGCAGCAGCAGCAGCAGCAGCAGCAGCAGCAGCAGGAGACAUUCCGCUGGUUAUGGAGGGGAGCAGCAACUGCUGCAGCGACUCUGCUGCUUGGCUGCAGCAGCAGGGGGCCCCCCUUUUGCUGCCGCCAGCAGCAGAAAGGGGGGCCCCCUCUAAACCCUUAUUGGGGGCCCCCGAUGGGGGGGCCCCCCUGCUGCUGCUGCCGCAGCACCCCCCCCAACCAAACCCCAAAGGGUUUACCUUUAGUGAGCUGGCGGGGGCCCUCAGGUCUGCCUUCGGCCUACAGCAGCAGCAGCAGCAGCAGCAGCAGCAGCAGCAGCAACAGCAGCAGCAGCAGCAAGUGGAGAUGAUUCAGUUUAUGCUGCGGUGGUGUCUCCGCGUGCUGCAGCAGCUGCACCAGGAAGAGGGGGCCCUCCAGGCCCUCUGCUGUCUCCUCUCUCACCCUCAGGGGGGCCCCCCUCUAAACCCUUCUUGGGGCCCCCAACAAUAUAUAGACAAGGGAACACUAGAAGCCUCGGCGGAGGGGAUACAAAACGCCCGUAUAGGAGAAGCGAUUCACUCUGCUGCUGCUGCUGCUGCUGCUGCUGCUGCUUGUACUAGCAGCAGCUGCAGCAGCAACGCUGCUGCUGCUGCUGCUGUUGCUGCUGCUGCUGCUGCUGCUGUUGCUGCUGCUGCUUUUCGUGGAUUCGCUUCUGGUGCGAAUGCCGUUGAUCUUGCUGUUGCUGCUGCUGCUGCUGCUGCUGUGGCCUCUGCCUUUGCAGUUAUUUGUUUUGUUGCUGUUGUCGCUGCUGCUGCUGCAGCUAAAGUAGCAGCAGCAGCAGCAGCAGCAACAGACCCUGCUGCUGCUGCUGCUGCCAUCGUAGGCCUUGUCUUUGCAUGCGUGCUGCUGGAGUUUCUUCAGGGGAUACAAAACGCCCGUCUAGGAGAAGCGAUUCAUUCUGCUGCUGCUGCUGCUGCUGCUGCUGCUUCUACUAGCAGCAGCAGCAGCGGCAGCAACGGCAGCAGCAGCAGCAGCAGCAGCGGGGGUCUCGUGUUGCCGGAUUGCCGUCUGCUGCCUGCGCUGGAUUCGACAGUGGGUAUAAUGGGGGCCCCCAGGGGGGCCCCCCCAGGGGGGCCCCCAGGGGCCCCCCUGAUGGAGAGGGGGCCCCCAGGGGCCCCCAUGAUAGAGCGGGGGCCCCCAGGGGCCCCCAUGAUGGAGCGGGGGCCCCCUGGGUACGAUGAUAGCGACAGCACCAGCAGUUCUAUGGCUGUCUCUUCUGUCUCCUCUGAAGGAGACAGUCCUGGGGGCCCCCUGCUGGCUGCGUUGCAGGGGGGGGCCCCCCUACUGAACCCUGUUGGGGGGCCCCCCAACCCCCCUUCUGUAUCUAUCAUCAGGGGGCCCCCCACCAUCGAAGACAGCAACAAAGCAGCAGCAGCAGCAGCAGCUUGA